CUCUCCUCCACCUAGGACAAGGGCGCAGGAGCCAGGAGUGUGGGUGAUGCCCCAAGAUGUGGAACUACCUGAGCCUAUUGCUGUUGUUGUCACUGCUGCAGGUCUCCUCUGAGAGGAAAGACACCAGUGGCUGCCCCAAGGCCUGUGUCUGUGAUAAUAGGAAGAGAUCCGUCUUGUGCCAGAACCGGAACCUCACCAAAGUGCCAGCUGCCAUCCCAGAGAUGACUAGGAAACUGGAUCUCCAAGGGAAUGUUUUCAAGGUGAUUCCUCCAAGGGUCUUCCAGACCCUCUCCUACCUGACCCACCUGGAUCUGCAGAACUGUCAGCUGAAGCAGAUAGAGAAAGGGACCUUCACGGGCCUGCCGUACCUGGCCCACCUCAAUCUGGCCUCCAACAACAUCUCUGUGCUGCACAAAGGGGCCCUGGACGGACUGCUCCUCCUGAGGCGCCUGGUCCUUGAGCACAACCAACUGAAGGAGAUCCAGCCGGGGACCUUCAGCCAGCUGCCCUACCUCAACCUCCUCAGCUUGGCCCACAACUCCUUGCGCCACCUGCCGGACAUGACCUUUCGGGGGCUAGUCAGCGCCUGGUGGCUCCGCCUCUCCCACAAUGCCCUCUCCGACCUGGCCCCCGAAUCCCUGGCGGCACUGCCACACCUCCGCAGGCUCAGCCUGGACCACAACAAGCUGCAGGACCUCCCCUGGGAGGCUCUGUCACACCUGUAUGGCCUGGCCCACCUGGAUCUCGGCCACAAUCCCCUCACCCACCUGGGAAAGGAGGAAGGGCUGGCCCUGCCAGAGCUGCGAUACCUGGCCCUCGAUGGUGCCUCGCUACAGACCAUAGACGUGGGGGCUUUCUCCCACUGUCCCCAACUCUAUACUGUGGACCUCAGGGACAACCAGCUGAAGACGCUGCCUUCUCUGCAGGGCCUGGACCGGCUCCAUAAGCUCAACCUGAGUGGGAAUCCAUUGCGCUGUGACUGUGCGGCCCGGCCCCUGUGGGACUGGGCCAGCAGGAACUGGGUGACGAUGGACGGACUGUGUGAAGAGCCCCGGCUUUUAAGAGGAGAAGCUUUAGAGUCACUGCGGGAAGAGGACUUGCGCUGUCAGGGACCCAGAGACGGGGAAGAAGAACAGGAGCCCACUGGGGCCCCAGGGGAGGACAAGGCUGCCAAGCCUUGCCCCUCAGCCUGCACCUGCUCCGCUCUUUCCCACCACAGUAGCUGUGAGAACAAGGGGUUAAUGCUCAUCCCCUCUGGAUUCCCCAACACCACUCAGCUCCUAGAUCUGAACUGGAACAAGUUUACUUCUGUGCCUCAGUUCUCCUUCCCAAACCUAAGCAGCCUUGUGUCCCUGCACCUCCAGCACUGCAAAAUCACUCGCCUGGCACCCGGGGCUUUGACUGGAUUAGACCAGCUGAUCUACCUCUAUCUCUCGGACAAUCAGAUCUCAGAGCUCAGCGCUGCUGCCCUGCAGGGUGUCCCCCGGCUCCGUUACCUGUACUUGGAUCGCAACUACUUCACACGGGUGCCUAGGGAUAUCCUGUGGGCUCUGCCCAGGCUGGUGCACCUUCACCUAGAGCAAAAUGCUCUCCAGCAUCUGGCACUCCGUGAUUUAGCUGCAGGAGAGAAUCUUCACUGGCUCCAUCUGAGUGGGAACAACAUCUCUGACAUCUUCCCGGGCUCAGCUCAGAACCUGGAGGGACUUUAUUUAGGCAGCAAUCGGCUGCAGGCCGUGCCCACGGCGGCUUUGGAAGGGCUGCCUGUCCUCAGGGAGCUGGAGCUGUCGGGCAAUCCCCUCGGGAUCCUGCAAGAAGGAGCCUUCAUGCCGGUGGCCAAGUCCUUGCAACACCUCUACCUAAAUAACACGGGCCUCCAGCAGAUUUCUCCUGGGGCUUUUGCUGGCCUGGAGCCUGGGCUCAGGAGCCUGUAUCUAGAGAAGAAUCAGCUGCAGACACUGCCAGCCAUGGAUGACUUUAUCCAACUGGAGGUCAUCAAUCUCAGCGAGAACCCUUUACACUGUGACUGCAAGCUGUUCCAGCUACACAGGUGGCUCGCUAGCCAGAAACUGCCUGGGGAGGCCACUUGUGAAUUCCCACCCAGUGCUCAGGGACAGAAGGUGAAGGAGGCCACUGCUAUCUUUGAGGCCUGCCUGGGGAAGAAAGUUCCGUUAACCUCCCAGCAUGAAGCUAAGAACACUCUUGGGCAAAGGAGUCAGUGGAUGCCGGCUGUGGCUGGUGGUUAUAAUGGGAGGAGCCGAUCCAGUCAUAGACCCUAGGGUCUUUGGA